UUUUUGUUCCUUAACGAAUGAUAGGGAUGCCAGUUGCCUGUCCUCAUUUGAUCCAAACGUCAAAAUAAACAUUCGAUAUCAAACAUAUAACAUAAAUCAUGUUUCAUAUGAUCAAGCGCUGCAUAUGUACAACGGCCACCAGCAGCGGUAAGCACAACUUCCGUAAGUUUUUGUUAUACAAUAAGCGUGGAACACGCAUCUUCAAAAAGCUACGGGCAGCAAAGCCAGAACUGUAUCCUGAUAUGCCCAUCGACAAGCGUGGUGUUCGGGACACAGGAGUCAUCCACGAGGGACGCUAUGUUGAAAUUCCAGCAAAGAUUCCGGAACUAAUUGUGCCAAACCUGGAAGGGUGCAAUUUUAAGCCCUAUGUGUCCUACCGGGCACCAGAUGUCAUUCAGUCGGAGUUUACCAGUCAAGACCUUUUCAAUGCCGUUUACUCGCAGAAGGUGAUAGAUGAUUUCAAGGAAGGAAAAUUAAGCGAGGAUGGUUCGCCGAUAGAACCUUCCGAUGAAGAAAAACUAACCCCAGAGGAGGCGUGGGUCCGCGCGCGAAAGACCGGCUCGGAUAUAUUUUAGGGUGAAUUGUGUACCAUCCGGUAGUAUGUUGAGUAAAGAUUUAUUAUUAAA